CACCGUCGGCGCGCCUCCUCCUCCUCGCAGCCCACCAAUGGGGAGCACCUAUUUUAAAAUUAUUAGCCUCUGUUGCGGCACUUCAUUCUCUCGCACCGGCAGUAGGCGGUGUAGCAAAAGACACGGGAAAAAUGUGGAGCGAAUCCAGUCUUGUGUCGGGAGGCUGGCGGACGACAGCGAGCAGGCAGCCCGUGUGAUCUUGCUGCUGCUGCUGCUGCUGCAACACCUCUGGAGGCGAUGCGGGAGACGCGGUGCAGCAGGCAGUAAAAGAAGCAAAGGAGGCGAAGCCGAUAGGAGGAGAGCAGCAGGCAGACUACUACAACAGAUGGGGAGCCGCUGACUGAGAGAGAGAGACAUAGAGAAAGAGAGAGAGAGAGAGAAGGGGAAACAGCCCAUGGUGAAGAAGCUACAGAGGAGGGGAGACAACCGAGAAGCCCGGAGAUAAGGUGACUGAACCACUGAUCGUCCAGUUCCAGCACCGCCGACGGAGACCCCCACAUCCUCCUGUCGCUCUUGGAGGAGGGAGAAAACAAAACAAACCCCGGUGAUGAUAGAUCUGCAUUCAGCUUCAAACAACAAAGUGAGCAGAAUUCCAGCGAUGGCACGGCUCAUCCUUUCCCUCCUGCUUCUGUGCGGAUGCCAAAAUAGUCUCUGCCAGACAUCCUCGGAGGCUCAGAAGGAGACGGGCGCCAACGACAACAGUACAGUUUUCACCAGGAUCCUGGAUGGGCUCCUCGAUGGUUAUGACAACAGGCUCCGGCCGGGUCUUGGAGAAAAUGUCACAGAGAUCAAGACAAACAUUUUUGUCACCAGCUUCGGCCCCGUGUCUGACACUGAGAUGGAAUACACCAUUGACGUGUUCUUCCGUCAGAGCUGGAAGGAUGAGCGCCUGUGCUUCAAAGGGCCCAUGGAGAUGCUGCCGUUAAACAACCUGCUGGCCAGCAACAUAUGGACUCCCGAUACUUUCUUCCUUAAUGGCAAGAAGUCUAUUGCUCAUAACAUGACCACGCCCAACAAGCUGCUGAGGCUGAAGGAUGACGGCACUUUGCUUUACACUAUGAGACUGACCAUAUCAGCAGAGUGCCCCAUGCAGCUGGAGGAUUUCCCCAUGGACGCACACGCCUGCCCUCUCAAGUUUGGCAGCUAUGCCUAUCCGGUGUCAGAGGUGGUCUACACUUGGACUCAGGGAGCUGCUAAGUCCGUGGUGGUGGCAGAGGACGGCUCCAGGCUAAACCAGUACCAUCUUAUUGGACAAACUGCUGGCACAGAGGACAUACACACAAGCAGAGGACAGUAUACAGUGAUGAUGGCCCACUUCUACCUGAAAAGGAAGAUUGGAUAUUUUGUCAUCCAGACGUAUAUGCCGUGUUUCAUGACUGUAAUCCUGUCCCAGGUGUCAUUUUGGCUAAACAGAGAGUCAGUCCCUGCUAGGACUGUCUUUGGGGUGACCACCGUACUGACCAUGACCACCCUCAGCAUCAGCGCCAGGAACUCGCUCCCCAAAGUGGCCUAUGCUACAGCCAUGGACUGGUUCAUUGCUGUCUGCUACGCUUUCGUCUUCUCUGCCCUCAUUGAGUUUGCUACAGUGAACUAUUUCACCAAGAGGAGCUGGGCCUGGGAUGGCAAGAAAGCUCUGGAAGCGCAGCACCCAAAGAAACGAGACCCCAUGGUGCUGUCGAAGAAGCCCAACAAUGUUUGCUCAGCAGGCGUCAACUACACCCCCAACCUCACUAAGGAUGUGUCCAUUUCCACGAUCUCCAACACCACGUCGGUGCAGCUGCGAGCCUCCGAGACCAAGAUGGCAGAUCCCAAGAAAACCUACAACAGCGUCAGCAAGAUCGACAAGAUGUCUCGGAUAGUGUUCCCCGUCCUGUUUGGAACCUUCAACCUCGUCUACUGGGCAACGUACCUUAACAGAGAACCGGUGGUGAAAGGAGUUGUCACUUCAACGUAAUUACUCUUUUUUUUUUUUUUCCUUUUUUUUGAGACAGAGUUCGUGCAAGAGAGGAGGGAGGUUUGAGCCUAAUUGGAGAGUGGGUGGACUAAAAAGAAGACGGGUCAGUGCCCUGGACUAAAAAAUAAAAUAAUAAUUAAAAAGUAAAAACAAAUAUCUGCGCUUGAAGAGGAAAACAGAACUAUACUCAGCUAUCUAAUUCAAGCACUUUGAAUGGAUGCAAGCCUGCAACAGAAUCCCUUUCCUGUUUUUCAUGGCCUAAAAAAACUGCUUGAUCAUGAAGAAACUGCUUCUAAGACUAUGUCGACGGGAGAGCAGGUGCUUUGCUUCUUUCUCAUCUAUCCUGCUGCAGUUUGCAUGACGCUCUCCUCAAAAGGAAACAACAGACUCCUCUUUGUCUUGAAUACCGACCAUGUAUAUGUCAAUCAUCGCUUAAAGGAUGGGAGCACACUUCAUCACUACUACUCGAGGAAUUGUUUUAAACUUAAACGCUUCAUUUUCGUACCGGGAAGGCUUGAAAUGCACUGAGCUCAUGCUACAAAAAACAAACUCUGCAAUCUAAAAUGCAUUUGAAUUUGAAAGAAAUGGAUUUAAAAAUGUAAUUCCACACCAUGUGGAUGAAACAUCACUUGAGAUUAGUGCUGCAACUGCAUUGAUAUUUUAGUUUUAUGUCUCUGUUUUGAACAACUUUGCUAUUUUUUCCCCUCUCUUAUUGCAGCGGGUGCUUGUGUCUCUAGUUGGACAUCUUUACUUGAAGAUUCAAAGCCUACUGCUGCAGGCCUGGUUUCCCAAAAUUUCUGACAGUCAGAGUCUCAAAGACAAAUGAUGAGAAAAAAAAGAAAAAAAACCACAGAAUGCUACUUGAAAGCGGCCAAAAAAGUGAGAUUAUCAUUGCAGGGGCUUAUGAAUUUUAAAUUAAGAAAUUAAAAAGUCGCCAUUUCAGACAGCAUGCCAACAGGAAUAUUCUAAAAUCCUCUUUGGCCCACUUACGUAGGGUGACUGGACGGCUGUGACUGAUGUGUUAGCACAAAUAUGGCAUUGGAUGUAUGUGGUUUAACUGAAUUUUGAGCCCUGAUCGCUCAUCUGAGAAACUAAUAUACACAGUUGAGGGACCAGUGCUUGAAAUGCAGAGUGUGUCACAUACAAAUCAGCAGAGUGAAGUGGAGAGUUUAGAGACUGUCAUUCAGCGAAGUGACCACUCUAUUUAGGCAAAAGUUUACUCCACUCAUGUGUCCUCAGGCAAGGUGGUGAUUUCAUAAUGACAAACCUCUGUUUUAACCAAACUUAAGCUAGACUACUUAGUUUGUCCAAUGCACAAGGACGGCAAAGCCUUGACUACCUUAAAAGGAUUAAUUUGCCCUAAAUUGUGGAGAAAUUAUGCCUGGCUGUUUACAAAUGUUUACAAAUGUUUAGUCUCACACGUGUUUCUGAAACUGGCUGCCAGUCUGCUAGGACAAAGGAAAAGAAAACUAAACUAAUCAUUAUCUUAUCGUCAUUCUACUGCUCUACUGGAAAACCUGUUCAGCUAUGUGUCAGAAAAAAACAGGAAAAUUUCCCCCAAAAGAGAGAGAGAGAGAGAGAGAGAGAGACCACUACAAACUAUACUAUAAAUGCCUGACUAACUUGUAACACGCUAAUGCCAGUCAGACACCUUGAAAGAGAAUAACCAUGUAUUUCUCCAUGGUGUAUUUCUCAUUAAUGUGUCACGCUAACACCUCAGUUGUAGAGAUUCAGGAAAACAGCAUUUAGUCAGCACAAUUAGCCGGUGAUUUUUACAUGAAACAUUUUAAUGUUUUUUCUCGUGUUUGACUUAAAGUGAACAUGUCUUUAAUUUGGCACUUCAGACAGCAUUAUUCCCAGAUAUAGAUCCCUAAUGCAGUCAGUACAAUGCCUGUUGCAGGUGGCUUUAAAAUGAUUCAUGUAAAAAUUGUCUUUCUCUUGAGCUAAUUCUAAUUUCCCUUGCUAAUUCCUGGGAUUAAAACUUGCUAGCUCACUGGCAUAUAAGUAAAUAAAAUCACAGUGUCUUUAACGGGGUUCUUCGAAACAUCAGCUCCUGUCCAUGGCCUUUUUUUCUAUACUCUGACAGAGGAGGGUAAAAGUGGGGAACGAAUAAUACGCUACGAUAGCUUCCCCCAGCUUGGACUCACUGGGGUGCUUUUCAUUAAGCUAUCUUGUGUUUUCUUGCACCCUCUCUCUCUCUACCGGUAACUGUCCCCCCUCCACCAUCAUGGAGGAUGAUCCAAUUAUUGAAAUGCAUGUUGAGGAGAUGAGGAAGCUUGAGGAGGAGCUUGAGCCUGAGGGGGAGACAGGUGUGACCAAAGUGGAAGUCUUUUAUCAAGUGGUACAAUCCAGCUGUGCAGCACCCUAUAAGUAUCUCAACUUAAGACAGACACUAUGGAGCGAAGAGGUUUUUACAUUUUGCAGCUUCAGCUCGUCUGUCCUUACAUCUCUUCCUCACAUAUGUCGCCGAACAUCUUUGCUGAGAGGAGAUAAAAUGUAAGGAGACACAUUUGUAUAAUGAAAAGCAACUAUGGUUUUCUGGAGCUUUAGAACUCAAGUCUUCUCAAGGUGGCUUGCAAAUGAGCAUUCAGCGCAAAUUUGUUUGGUACCAAAAUUGACCUCAUGCACUCAAUUUGCAUGAAUGUACUUUCACUUUCGCUGAUUUUUUCCAGAAAUUUCCCCCCUUUUGAAUGCUGAUGGGACGAGGCCUUUAAACUGCAAAGAAUUUGGGAAAUUAGGCCGAGGGUCAUAAGGGAAUCAUGUAAAUAGCCGUUUUAUUUUUAACUUAACUCUUUGCUUUGACACAAAAAAGAUAGCGUUGAGAUUCUCAUGUUUGUGUUUUUCAGCCCUUAGAAGUGAAAAAAAAGCUAAAGUCUAAUUCUGACUUUUAACUUAUUAAGAGUAUGUUACUGUCUCUGAUGUCUUUUUCUUAAUGUUUAUGUGUACAUGUGUUUUGUUCUUGUUGCUUGUAGAGGAGCUUACGUCCGAUCAAACUUUAAUCUUUGGACUGGAUCUGAUUCCUAUGUGUUUUCUUUCUACACUGACUUAAUUAAACUGGAAGCAAUGAGCACAUGUUGAGGCAUUAUGGCUCGAGCCCACCAUAGCACAGCAUGCGGGACUUUGUUGGUCUAUGAUGAGACAUACUCAGGAACCAAAGGACUCAUGCUCCCAGCAGAAGACUUGCCUCUGAGUCACUGCUUCUUUAAUCACAUGGAUUGUGAACGGUGUAGUUCCCUCUCACCUGCUGCUGGGAGCAUUGUCCUAGAUAACUUUAGAGCGCUGAACAGAUGCUGAAACCACUGGCUUGGUGGAAAACCAUGUAAAUAAAGAUGACAUGAGCUGCUGCUGUAUCUUUGCUUUGUGAACUUAAAGUGGACCUAGAGGAAAUCACUUUAAGAUAUCUGCUUUUAUUUUCACUGCUUCUGCCAUGAUAUUCUGUAGUAUUUUUGUGCCGGUUUGAUUGAUGUUGAAGGUGCCAUGUAUGGAAAUGUAAGGUACUGCUGUCUGUCGGCUAAGACAAUGUUUCAGUGCUUGUUAAAAUGUGGCAGCGGCGUAAAAGUAAGUCCAAUGAAGCGCAGGAGAAAGACGAUCUAUAGAUCCGUCUGUCUGGGGUCGGCAAGGCAGCCGAGUGCAGAUUACCAGACCAGACAUCCCUUCCCCUGGUAACAACCUCCAACCUCUCUGUCUGUUCCUCUACUCCCUGUUUGUUUCUGACUCUGCUGCUUAUAUACAUUAUCAAGCAAAAGGGCACACGUUCCCUCUUGUUUCUGAUUGGGUCUGCAGUAGUUGAGUCUUUCAGCAAAAUUGAGAUCACGUGUUUGUUGAGCUGAAGUGUACCAGUGCUGCUUUAAUAGCGCUUUAUUGUUUUGUGUUAUGUUACCAAAGGAAACGAUACUGUAAUAAGGAUUUUGCUCCCUGCUCAUGUAAGUGCAUACUCUGUAGCCUUCAUUAUUUAUCUCUGUGAAUGACAGCGUCAGUCAUGCUGAACUACCUUCAGGAUGGAUUGAAGAGAAAUUUGGUCUAGACAUUCAAUUUCCCACUCAUGGGUGCAAUAUAGUAACUUUGGUUAUCCUCUGACUUCUCUUCAAUCCUCCUGUUGUCCUCAUUUACAGGCACCAAAAAAUAUUGCUUCCUUGUCUGGAAAAAAUCCAAAAAUUCAGCAAAAAAAUUCCCCAAAUUUCUGAAAAUUUGCAAAAAUCUUCCAAAAAUAAUCCUAAAAAUAUCUAAAGUGAUUACAUAUAUAUCAGUAAAACUUCUAUUUUCUUUAAGAACAUUCACCCAAAAAAAAAUCAAUGUUCAUGUUUAUGUGAAUGUUCUUAAAGAAACAUUUUUAUCAUUUCUCAUUUCUACCAAAAAAAUGUUCAAAGAUUCCACAAAAAUGUUGAAAAUGUGGACAUCAGAAGUUCCACUGUUAAAAUAUGUUUAACACAGGUCAAUUUUGACCCGCAGGAUGACACGAGGGUUAAGCACUGUCAUGACUUGAAGUUCUGACUAAGAACCUGUACAGCUAAUUAAGAUGAAUUGAGUUAAACUGUGAGGCUGAAGCAAGCAGCAAGCUAGAAUGCGAAGACAAAAAUUAAAACUAAAUUUGCAAAUUUGGCCAUGUUAUACCACUCAAUGCCCAACAAUAUCUCAAACCAUCAGGACAUCCAUUAGUAUGGUAAAUGAAGUAAAUACAGUUAGCAGGAUAAACAUUAUCCUCACUUGAUUUGGAUGUUCUAAGCCCCAGAAAUGGACUUUAUCAGUUGCUUUCAUGACAUUUUCAGCUACCAUCAUGACAUCAUAAGUUGGUAUUAUGACGAUAUUAGUUAUUGUGACUUUCUCAGUUGUUUUCACAAAAUUAUUGGUUGUUAUCACAAUGCUAUUGGUAACUAUCAGUUGUUAUCACGGCAUUAGCAUUUACCUGUUAGCAUUACUGUAGAACAGUGGUAGGCAAAUUGUGAAAUCCUCUAAAAACAACAACAAACCAAAAUUCCCUCAAUUACAGCUCCAGUUUAGUUUACAUCAAAAGUUUUGAAGUUUACUCAUAAAUCCUCUCAAGAAAACAAUGCAAGUAAAUGGCUCCUGUAACUUUUACCAACUAUAACAUCAUGGCAUCUGAUAAUAGUCAGUGUCUCCACAUGUUUUAACAGCUGGAGUGAAAUGUAAUUCUGUCACCUCCAAGCCGUUUCAUAAAUCAGCUUUAUUCCUAAAUGAAUCACUCCUCUGCAGUCUUGGCCCUCAAACUUUCUUUGUUAAAGACAAAAAAAAAGACUAUGUUUAUAUGCUAGAACAGCCACGGAAAAGACAUGAAGGCAUGUUGUGAAAGCUGGAGUACAUCACUUCAUUCACAACAGCUGUCACUUCCCCACAGGUCAGAGGAUCUCCGUACUGCUAGAAGUUGAUAGACUACAUCCAGUCCACAUAUAUCUUUUCUUGACAUCCAAGAAAUAAGCAUCCCUAUCUAUCCAUCCAUCCAUUUAACGAUCUCUCUCUAUUGCCAGUCAAGAAACGACUGCCCACGCCUCCCUCGUUCCUUCAGCCACUGUGACAGACUCAUCUGCCAUACAUCUGUUAGAAAAGGGAUUUAGUUCCGCUUAAGUUGCUUUCACCCGUUCAGGGGGGCCCUUACAGCACGGCGCUUCUGUCCAAUUUAAGCCCCGACUGGCGUAGCCCAAUGACAAGCACUUGUUUUUCUCAGUGUGUUGUCUGGACAGCUGUGGCUGGUGCGUGUGAGGGACGAAUUUAGGAUUGAUUAUAUGUUCUUUAUCCACAGCUAGCUCAUGGGCAGUGAAGCUGACUAAAGUUUUGAACUCGGGCCUCUCAGCUGUGAAUGUAAUGCACAUCCAGCGGUCGGCUUAAAGAGACUUGUGAGGCAACACUUGUCCGUCCCAGCGAGGCGACAGACAAAUGCAUGAGGCUUCUCUUGUUUUUCACCGAAGAACUUUUUUUUUUUUUUUUUGGAGGAAACAUUAAACUGAGACUUUUGUUUCAAUCUUGCAAAAAUGCUGCGAAGCCAUUGUAGCUAUAGCUGGGCUUACCAAUGUACUUGUGUCACUCAUUCUUUGUUUUAUGUACUGUAUUUGUUUUGUGUAUUAUACUUCAAAUGAUGAAAUAAAAAGGAGCAACAAAGAUAA